AUCUUUGGUGUGUGCUUGUGUGAGUGAGUGAGUGUAGGGUUAUUCGGUACGAGGAACAUCAUCAUUGGAUGGUCUAUCGGCUCCCUUUUAACUUUUUAAGACGAGUUCAUUCUAUACAUUCCCCUCCUCACUUUCUGAGUCCUGCUGACAUCUCUGAUUGGCCCUCACACGUUUUCCGACAACUGCCAGAGCGUCAUCAUCCAAACUCAUCGUGAUCAUCAUCUUCUCUCUCUGCUAAAACCAUGGCCAAUCUCCCCGUUCUCUGCUACUGGGAUAUUCGAGGGUUAGCCCAACCCAUUCGGCUGUUGCUGGAGUACACUGACACCAAAUUCGAGGACAAGCAAUUGGUUUGUGGACCCGGUCCCAAUUAUGACAAGAGCGUUUGGACCAAUGAGAAGCACAAACUCGGGCUGGACUUUCCCAAUCUGCCUUACUUCAUUGACGGGGAUCGGAAGAUCACCCAAUCCAACGCCAUCUUGAGGUAUAUUGCCCGCAAACAUAAUCUCAUGGGUCAGACCGAGGAUGAGCAAAUGCGAGUGGAUAUCAUGGCGGAGCAAUCCAUGGAUUUUAGGAAUGGCCUGGUUCGCUUGUGUUACAAUCAGAGCUUUGAUCAAGUAAAGGACGAUUAUUUGGCAGCUUUGGCCACAAAGUUGGAAGAGUUCGCCAAGUUUUUGGGCGAUCGCCCUUGGUUCGCUGGGGAAUCGCUAACCUUUGUGGAUUUUAUUAUGUACGAACUCUUGGACCAACACCGGGUGUUGGCCCCUGAGGUCAUCAACCAAUGCCCGAAAUUGGUGGAUUAUCUGAACCGAUUCGAAAAACUGCCCCCCAUUGAGGCUUACAUGAAAUCGGAGCGAUUCAUGAAACGGCCUUUGAAUAACCGAAUGGCCAAGUUUGGUGGCGAGAAAUGAUCAACAUUCUAGUGAAUCCAUGUGUUUGACGAACUCACUCUCAUUCCAUAUAUUUUCAUGUGUGUCGAGUACGCUCAUCAAUACAUGUACUAACCACUGA